AUGUGGAGUCUUGGUAUCGAUCUCGGCGGCAGUAAGAGUGCAGCAGCCAACUCUCCACCACCGCUACCCUCACCGACGCUCUUCAGUCCCAAACCAGCCGUCACCAUUUCUUUCUCAGUCUUCAAGCAGUCCUUUGCCACCAAUGUCAAUUACUUGAAGAGAAGGUUCUCCUCGGGGGACCUUUCCUCCGAGUUUGACGAUGAGGGCGAGGUGCAGCAGGUCCCACCAACUGCCCAAUCGCAGGCCCCUCCAACGGCCCAGCAGGCGGCUGCCGGUGUCUCGGGACCCGCCGCUCCCCAACAACAGCAGCAGGGCGACCUGAGCCUCAACCUGCGACCAAGCAGUCGCACCACCAGUGCGCCCUCGUCCCCCGCCAAGACCAGGGAGAGUCUGCUGCAGAGGGUGCAAUCCCUGACGGGACAGGCCCAGGAGAGAGGAGCGGCCAUCCUGAGCGCAGUGCCUGGAGCCUCGAUAAGGCCCUCAUACAACAAGGAGCGCUGCUUCACCCUGCUAGUCAUUGAUGACCAAAACACCGACUGGUCUAAAUAUUUCCGAGGAAAGCGUUUGCACGGCGAUUAUGACAUUCGAGUGGAGCAGGCGGAAUUCCGCGAGUUGUCUCUGACCGCGAGCGCCGAAAGCGGGUCCAUGGUGUCAAUGGCCGUGUUUCGGAACGGCACCAGGGUCGCUCGUUCCUUCAAGCCGGACUUUGUGCUCGUGAGACAGAACCUCCGAGACGCUGGCGAAGACUACAAGAACCUGCUGCUUGGCUUCAAAUUCGGCGGCGUGCCCGCCAUCAACACCAUCAACGCAAUUUACAAUUUCCAAGACAAGCCUUGGGUGUUCGCGCACUUGCUGCAAAUCCAGCAGCGUCUUGGCAAGGAUAACUUUCCGCUGAUCGAUCAAGUGUAUUACCCAUACGCUCGGGACAUGCUAAGCUCAUCCCGCUACCCCGUGGUAUUCAAAGUGGGCCACGCGCACAGCGGCCUCGGAAAGGUCAAAGUUGAGACGCCAUCGGACUUCCAGGACAUGGCCAGCGUCGUGUCCGUGGCCGGCACCUACUGCACCACUGAGCCUUUCAUCGACGCUAAGUACGACAUCCACAUCCAGAAAAUCGGCCAAAACUACAAGGCAUUCAUGCGUAAAUCGAUCUCGGGCAACUGGAAAACCAACACCGGCUCGGCCAUGCUGGAGCAAAUUCAAAUGACUGAUCGCUACAAGUCGUGGAUUGACGCCGUGUCCGAGAUGUACGGUGGCCUGGACAUCUGCGCUCUUGAGGUGGUGGUCGGCAAGGACGGCCGCGAGUUCGUCAUCGAGGUCAACGACUCGGCACUCAGUCUGAUGGGCGACUCCCAGGAGGAGGACAGGAGACACAUCGCCGACCUGGUUGUCUUCAGAAUGCAGAGUGCCACACGACCUGCCAACCAGGGUCCUCCACAACAGCCUGCGCCAAAACUUCCAACACUGCCCUCGGCAGGUGCAAUCGCGCCCCCGAUUCCGCAGCGCUCAUCUGUCUCUAGUCAGGGCGCGAUGUCGCCGAACGAAGAAAGGGCGGCCCUAGGACUGAGCACCGACUUGCCACCAUCGACCUCUCCGGGCAGGGAGCCUAUUCAGCGCCGCGAUUCUCAAGCCUCUCAGUCAAGCAAUAUCAGCAGCGUGUCCGGUCAGAAGGACGGCAGCAGACCUGCGUUUGGACGUCAGGGCAGCCAGCAGCAGCAACCAACGGACGACAACGAGGACACAAUGAAGAACCUGCGCAAGACGUUCGCUGGCAUCUUCGGUGAGAUGUAAAAAAACGACCGGGAGACAAUAUACAAAAGUCAUGUAAUACCACAACAACACUAACUAACAUUCGUAUGUAUGAAAAUUACUAUCAUGUUCUUUGAAGCUGCUAGAGGAAAACAUAGUCCCAUUUUAUUAGGGUAGAUGUCUUGUAGCGCGGGGUUGCGAACGGAUCAAAGUCGCCAUAUCAGAAAUGAUUUAAAAGGAAACAGCACAAUCUGGAGCACAUCCAAAGGAAAAAAUAUCAGACAUCAAAGCCGAAAUUCUAAUUAAAAGGUUAAAGCAUUUCAUAAUAUUUUAUAAAAUUGAGUUUUCAAAACUGCCAAAUGAAUUUAUGAAUUUUUAUCCAACUUUCACUUUUUAAUUAAACAUGUACUCCGGGAAAAUAAUCUCUUAGAUAUAUUAAUAGUUCAAAAGAAUGGCAAUAAAAAUGUGUAACUAUUGUAUUAAUACAAAAACUGGAGGUGACAACAGAAAUUAAAACAGACACUAUCGAACGGGCAGUGCACCAUUUUAUGUAAAAAAAUUACAACGAAACGGACUGUUUGUGAAAAUUGGAGUUGGAGAUAUUAAAAGACGAGAAUUAAUAAUUCCACGCGUAGGCGGACUGUUUAAGUCAAAUUAUCAGCCCCAAUGUCUUCUUAUGUGAGAUGGAAAAGGAAGACUUUUUCAAAAUCUCCUCGCAGCCCCUCAUAACAUAUUAGCGCGGAUCAUUCCAAACGAAAAUUGAAGAAAAAAUAAAACAAAUCGCAACCAAGAAUAAAAAAAAUAACCGCAUAGCAUUAUACAUAACAUAAUCCACGAAACGUUAAAUGUGUGUAAAGAAAGGGAAAGAAAAAAUGAAUUAAUCGCGCAUAUAUAUUGACUCGCUCUCAGUCGUUCAUAAAUAACACAAGUUAUCAUGUAUGAAAAUGAAUGGUGUUUAAUAAACAAUAAAUAAUUAUUGAUGUGCUUGGAAUUUCCGUUAAUGUAACUGCACACGUGUACAUGUGUGUAUGGUUUUGUUGAAAACAAAAAGCUUAAAAAAAGCAAGGGCAAUUGAUUAAAAUAAGUAUAUAUGUGUACAUGACGUUGUUCUUUUACCUCUGUGAUAAUUAAUUAUCAACAACAAUUAUUGUGUUGAUUCUUAUCAGAAGUGUGAAACUUUCUGCUGAUGUUGACGUUAUAUUUUCACCCUCACCCCCGGCGAGUGGAUCUAUUCAUUGAAUAAUUAUUAAAAAUUAAACAAAAUAUGUGAGUAGCGAAAGUUGAAACUUAAAAUAUUAUGUAAUUGUUGUUGUUUAUUACAAUUAUUAUUAUACCUGCUGACAAAUUUGAGUUCUUCGGUCCAGAAAUUUUAAAAAUCUGGAACAAAAAAUUUUUUUUUCUUAAAUUUAAAUUUCCAGAUCAAAAUAACAGUUUUGAUAAAACUGAAUUGAGAUAGUUGAAAAAUAGUCUUUUUUUGGGUCCAGAUUUUGAAAUUUCUAGGCAAGACCUCACCAAAAUCCAAUAUAAUACUAUACGCAAGUUGUAAAAAUGCGUAGAAACUGAAAAGGAAUGGUUUCAGUUUGUUUAUAACGAUGCAAUUAUUAUUGUAAUGGACAAUUUCUGACGCGUGACGAUAUUUGAUGACGACUACAAAACGCUCUUCUCUAUUGAUCUCUCUCAAACUAAUGUUAAAUAGUUUUAGUGCUGAAAUAUAAUUGAUCUCAAAUGAUUCUCUAACGAUUAAAUACGCAAGCAAACAUACCAAAGAUACAGGAAUGCAUUUUGGCGUAGGCAGGCAUAAAAAAAAAUAUAUGGGCCUAAUUAAAUAAACUAAAAAUUCAAAUCAGACGUGAAUUACAGCUGAACAUUUGCAUUAAAAUAUAUUUUUCUGCUGUGUUCAUGAAUGAGCUAAAAAAUAUAAAAAUAACUAAAAUCUGAUUUAGUUGGUUGAGCAGCUCAAAACACAAUAAUAAUAAAAAAAAAAGCAGAAGAAGAAGAAUGUUCGCACCCGCCUGCGCCCAUAAUUAGAUGUGAAAAAAAGGCACACUGAUACAAUAAAAAAGACAAAAAUAAACCGCGCAUAUAAUUUUAUUUUUAUUUUGCAGAAUAAUUUAUUCAUG